AUAUAUAUUCGCUGUAAGCGUGGGAAUUCUGUAUUAGUUCCAUUAGGUGUGCACGCCGCUGAAUGUGUCCAGACAAAAUCACGAUGGAGCGUGCAUUCUGGAUCGCGUUUGUCGUGCUCUCGUCAUUGUCACAGUGUCUGUGCGACGAUGUCCUCAGAACGAACGUGGUGGACACCAAGAGCGGUCGAGUGCGAGGUAUCAUGAAGAGAACAGUAUGGAAUUCCGUGGAGUACCAAGCAUACCUGGGAAUUCCGUACGCUCUGCCGCCUGUGAAACAUCUUAGGUUCGAGCUUCCAGUACCAGUGAGACCAUGGGGAUACAUUUUCGAGGCUGUUAAGGAGAGCAGCAGCUGCAUACAGAUGGAUUUGUUCACCGACGAGUUUAUAGGCAGCGAGGAUUGUUUGUAUUUGAACGUCUACGUUACCGGGAAUAACAACGCAACGGAGGGAAAGCCGAAGCUGAAGCCAGUGAUGAUUUGGAUCUAUGGCGGCGCGUACGUCUCAGGAUACAGCGACAGCGCGUUGUACGGUCCCGAUCUCUUCCUCGAACAGGACGUUGUCUUCGUCAGCUUCAACUAUCGCGUCGGUUCAUUAGGUUUCUUGAAGACGGAUGCUCGCAACGCUUCGUGCAACGUCGGUCUGUGGGACCAGAAUCUGGUUCUCCGUUGGGUGAACGAGAACAUCGCUGCGUUCGGUGGUGAUCCUAACUGGGUGACUCUUUACGGCGAGAGUGCAGGCGCUGCUUCCGUGGGGUUCCACACUAUGUCGCAGAAAUCGAGAGGACUAUUCCAUAAAGCAAUAUAUCAAAGCGGAACACCUUUGUGCCAAUGGGCAUAUCUAAUGCCACUUGUAGCCGAGAAACACGCACGUACCCUUGGCGAACUUCUCGGCUACAAAUCGCUCGACAAGGAAGGCUUGUUAAACUUUCUUCGCACUGUGCCCGCUGACGAACUGAUCCAUAAACAACAGCAAGUUGGCCUGGAUAUACUUGCAUUCGCCCCAACGACAGAGAAUCCUGAUUUGAUAAGCGACGAUCGGGCAUUUUUGACCGAUUGCCCCCUCACUAGAUACCGAGACGGUGAUUUCAGUAAAAUGCCCACCAUGAUGGGCAUGAACGGAGAGGAGGCGCUCUUCUUUGUGAACUAUUACAUUAAAACAGGGCAACACGACCAAUACUUGUGGCAAUGGUUCCUGCAACUGUUCGCUAUAACCCACUUCCCGGUCGGGUACCUUGGAUCUGUCACGAACGUGGUGCUCAGACAGCUGCCUAAAAGUGUCAUUCGUCUCAUUACAAAUUUCGCAACCGAAGCAGCAUUCACGGCACCCAUCGAUCUAACGCGGAAACUUAUUAUUAAACAGAACGGGGACAAUCCGUUCUACUAUUAUUUACUGAAGUACAGGUCGAUGUACAAUUUGCAUUCGACGAUGGGCGAAACGAUAAAUGGAACCUCCCACGUGGACGACAUCGCGUAUCUGUUCAACGUGAAAAAUUUGAGUGCACCGACAGACCCGAACGAUCCCUUCAACGUAUUCCGGAGGAAGAUGGUUAGCCUUUGGACGAAUUUUGCUAAGUAUGGCGACCCAACGCCGCCAGAUUUGCGCGGUGUCAACACGUUCGACAAUGUCUGGCCGGACGCCACGAAAACCGGCAAAAUAUUAGAGAUCAACGAAACCACUAAAGUAAGGGAAGGGAUGCCCGGAUCUUUCGCUCCCAUAUACCAGCCGAUCCUCGAGAGUAUUCUUCCGCUUGAAACUGGCUGCGUUAACAGUCUGCUGCAUUCCUUGACAUCGACACCACUCUGAUAAUACACUUCAAUUGUGUACAUAAUUAUUAACGAAUUGUUCAUAAUACUUGUGACACAAUAAACAUGUUAAUACCUCAAU